CGCGGCGCCCCCCGGUCCCGCCCGCCAUGCCCGGCCCGGCCGCGGGCAGCAGGGCCCGGGUCUACGCCGAGGUGAACAGCCUGAGGAGCCGCGAGUACUGGGACUAUGAGGCUCACGUCCCGAGCUGGGGUAAUCAAGAUGAUUACCAACUGGUUCGAAAACUUGGUCGGGGAAAGUAUAGUGAAGUAUUUGAGGCCAUUAACAUCACCAACAAUGAGAGAGUGGUUGUAAAAAUUCUCAAGCCAGUGAAGAAAAAGAAGAUAAAACGAGAGGUUAAGAUUCUGGAGAAUCUUCGUGGUGGAACAAAUAUCAUUAAGCUGAUUGACACUGUGAAGGACCCUGUGUCAAAGACGCCGGCUUUGGUAUUUGAAUAUAUCAAUAAUACAGAUUUUAAGCAACUAUACCAGAUCCUGACAGACUUUGAUAUCCGGUUUUAUAUGUAUGAGCUGCUUAAGGCUCUGGAUUACUGCCACAGCAAGGGAAUCAUGCACAGGGAUGUGAAACCUCACAACGUCAUGAUAGAUCAUCAACAGAAAAAGCUGCGACUGAUAGACUGGGGCCUGGCAGAGUUCUACCACCCUGCUCAGGAGUACAAUGUCCGUGUAGCCUCGAGGUACUUCAAGGGCCCGGAGCUCCUCGUGGACUAUCAGAUGUAUGAUUACAGCUUGGACAUGUGGAGUUUGGGCUGUAUGUUAGCAAGCAUGAUCUUUCGAAAGGAGCCCUUCUUCCAUGGACAGGACAACUACGACCAGCUUGUUCGCAUUGCCAAGGUUCUGGGUACAGAUGAGCUGUAUGGCUAUCUGAAGAAGUAUCACAUAGACCUAGAUCCGCACUUCAACGAUAUCCUGGGACAACAUUCACGGAAACGCUGGGAAAACUUUAUCCAUAGUGAGAACAGACAUCUCGUCAGCCCCGAGGCCCUAGAUCUUCUGGACAAACUUCUGCGAUACGACCAUCAGCAGAGACUGACUGCCAAAGAGGCCAUGGAGCACCCGUACUUCUACCCCGUGGUGAAGGAGCAGUCCCAACCUUGUGCAGACAACGCUGUGCUUUCCAGUGGCCUCACGGCAGCCCGGUGAAGUCUGGAAGGCGACGGGUAAUGCGGCAUUGAUGCUUGCCAAUAAAAUCAACCAACCAAACACAAAUCUUGAAGGAAACUACAAUGUGAUAAAAAGAAGUUCUAGUCAUUCCUUCUAAAUGCAAAGAAGAGUAAAGACCUAAAUGUCAAAAAGAAAGAAAGAAAUUCCCCAGUACUAGUUACUACAGGGAGCCGCCAUUCUGGCAGUGUGAUGAUGCACAUAGUUCAGGAUCUGAGGGAACACUCCCUUUGGAAUGCAUGGGAGAUGAGAGACUCGGAGUUGUUGUGCAUUUGCGUUUAUUUAACAGGAGACUGCUGUUGAAUUAACCUGUUCAGUCAACAAGCUCUGAAUAUCUGACUUCCUAUCUAUUCCACUGUGGUCUGGGUUUCCUUUGGUGAGAUUCAGGCUCAAGUUUUAGCAAAAUGUCAGCAGUCUAUACUGACACACCAGCCUCAUUUACGAAAAGGAGAUAUUAAAACAGUGACAGUAUUUUUUUUUUAAGCUCUUUUACAAAUUCAUGUUUUAUGUAUUUUUUUAUGACAUGAGCUCUCUAGGAAAUGUACCUCAUCCCUGCAGUUUUCUUCUAAGUGUAUUCAUUUGGGAGCAAACUGCAGUCACUCUCACAAGGGUCCCCUUUGCUGUCAGAAGGCAUCACUUUAAACCUUGUGACGCUGUGUCCAGGGCCGUCUGUCUCCUCAAAAGUUCGAUGCAAAGUGCAUAACUUGGAGCUCACUGUAACCUUUGUUGAUUUGCCUAACCAUAAAACCUUGUUGCUGUUUUUUCUGUGUAGCCUUUUUUUUCCUUUUGCAGCCUUGUAAGGAAAGCCUCACCAUUUCCCAGCACAUACAUCCGUGUGUGUGUGUGUGUGUGCGUGUGCCUGUUUUAACACACCUCUCUGAAAGAGACUUUUUGGUCACAACCAUAAUGAAAGCUGGAAAGUCAGUCUUCAGGCAGGCUGGGGAGGGAGAGAAACAUCCUAUUAGAAUGUAUUUAGGAAAGACCUGUUGGGUCAGAAAAAUGUAUUCUCCCCAACCCCCCUUUUUGCCUCGUUUUAUCCUCAUGAGAAGCAGUUUCCCUCUGUAAUCAGGGUAACCUGCGUUUUUAAGCUCUGAGAGGUACCACGUGAAUGUGAUGGCAAAGCUGAGUCUUUCUCACUUGCAGGGACAGGUUGUGUGCAGGGCCAGCCCACUCCCAGGGAUGAGCAGAGCAUCAUGCGAGGGGCUUGGUGAGGAUUUGGAGCACAUAGAGCAAGUGUCAACACUUGGGACCCAUGGCACUAGCCUUCAUGUUAGCAAAGGAAGCUAGAUUCUGCUUUAAAAAGUAAAAAAUGUAGGGCUGAUGUCAUUUUGGGGACUUGUCACCAGUAUGCUUUGCAGGCAGUCCCCCCUCACCCCAGCUGCAGAGCCAUGCCACAGCUGUGGGAACUUGACAGCUAGGCCAGAGCUGGAGGUGUCUACCCACAUCAUACUUUAGGAUUUCUUUAUUAACUAUUUAAUAAUGCCAUACAUUUUUAUAAGGUUAGAUUGAUUGUUUGAAAACCUCUGUUUACAUUCCAUAUUCCAAUAAAAUCAUAUUGGUAUUGGUAGCAGGUCCUAUUUCUACAUGUAGAUUCUGUUUUUGUUGUUUGGUCGGUGGGGAUUUGAAAUGUAAAUAAAACUCUUACUAGAGUUGAGCUCACGGAUUACAACUUAAAAGUAAGACCCCAAAGCCAGGAAAUGCAUUCAGUUAAGGUUCUCAUGCCGAUACUACCUGUCUGUGUUGCACAUUCUGUAUAUUGACGAGUCCAUUUGUUCAGCCUGAAAAGCCAAGACAUGAGCUCUCAGCUGGACCUGUAUUGGCACAUCAGGCAGCAGAAGCCUUCUGAUGUGCCCCUCUAGGCAGCACUGUUGGUGAUUAUCAGGGAGAUGUGCCACUGUGUCUUUUUUGCCCCCCUACUUCUCCCCUUUUCGUCACCCAUUCUCUCCCCUUCCACUUUUUUUUUUUUGUAGUUGUCUGUCUGGAACAGGCAGGGAGAGCAUACUGGAGAGUCUUGGUGAAGUAGCAACUCCAUUUUUUCCGUUGGGUUCCCCAGAGGCAUUGAAAGCAUCUGGAGGAGUACAGUCAGGUGAUGUGCUCCAGCCUCUCUCCGUUGAUGAUUUAGUAGAUGCAAACACAAUAACUUGCCUGUCUUGUGGCUCUGACACAGGAAUCGUUCUUCCUUUUCGUGUAUGCUUUACUUUUCCACCACCUAUGCUCUUCACUUCUCUUCAUGCCUUAGCAUCGCUGAGUUUCAAAAGCCUGCCCCUUUCUGAGUCUGGUCUUGACACUUAGCUGGCUGGCUGACUGUAGGUGGUUCUUUCCCAAACUGAAGUGAGUCCAGUCCAGACCUUUUCUCUUCUUUCCCAUCUCCGUAGCCAUUCUGUGUCCCGAUGUACCUAGCUCCUUCAAGAUUUCAGAAUGCUUACCUGGGUUAGGAGAUGGUCAUGGAGAGUUCAGGGUGUGGGGGGCAGGGAAGGGGAGAGAGGGGGCGGGGAGAGAGAGAGAGAGAGUGUGUGUGUGAGUCUGUUCUUCUAUUUAGAUUAAGCCAAGGUAGAUUUGCCCACCCACUAUCCUUUUUGAUCAGCAUGUUAUUUCUUAAAUUCAUCUCAGUAAUUUUUAUUAGGCAUUUUUUUUGCUUUGUUACCUUAUAACAGGUUAAAAGUGCCUAUGAUAAGGACUUGGUUAUUUCCUAAAGAAAAGCAAAAAAUGUGGGGAACAGGGUAGUGUUACACUAUCAUCUCAGGUACUGCCUGUGUUCGACAACAUAGGCCUGGUAUGGUGAGAACAGAAAGUUCCUAUGCCAAAUACAGAUUGGUCUGAUUGACCGCAAGUGAGCAUAAGCGCGAGGCUUUGCUUCAGCUGACGAGUCCCAUGGCGAGAGCAGAGCUGAUGGAACGCCAAGUGAUAUUUUCAUCUGCAGUUUGCUUGCUGUUCACUCUCCCCUGGAUCAUAUCAGCUGCCUGCUCUUGUCCUGUCCCUGUGGGAGGUGACUGGGUGGGAGAAGCCAAGUGGACAGUGCAGACAAGCAUUCUUGGGUCUUCUCACCAAUUAGAGCAGUGCCAGUGGUGGCUCUUGGAGGCGCCUAAACACCGGCUGCUGCACCAGGCCUGACAGACGUUCUCUAGCGCAUCACUGCUCACAGGGCUCAAAGCUAGUGUGUUCCCUUGCAGAGAAGGAAGGGACUCAGACUGCUUGGAUGGAGGAGACAGAAGAGCUUGUAAUCCUGAGGGGGCUCAGCAAGGAGGUGGUUAAAGGAAAGGGAACCAGUAAGAAAAACAGUCAAGGGAUAGGUCUUGAGGAGGGAACAUGACUUCUUCAGAGAGUCAGGGGUACCACCUUCAUGACGUGGAAUGCGCCCUGAGAUGGGCACUGCCCCCUGGAGUGGUUCCAGCGCCGCUGAAAGGUGGCGCCCUCAGACAGCUGCUGAGUCCCCGAGAGAGCUGGCGGCCGUGGUCUCGGUCCGCACCUACUCAGGGAAAUGACUUAGGUUCUCCCAGGUGCUGCGUUGAGGAUGGAAGCAAAACUAUUUGGGAACACAAGCAGCAAUUGGAAGAAUUUUUAUAUAUGCAUUGAAGUGGUUCUAAGCCCACUUAGCAGUUUCCCUUAAUGCCAGUUCAGACUGAGCGAUUUGUUUAGAAACCUGUGUUCCUGCAUGGGCACUCGCAGGAAAAAGCAAACUUCCCUCCUGCAGAUAAUAGGGGUAAGCUGGAGUUAAGUUCAUUGAAAUAGAAACCCUUCUAAAAGCAAAAGCAGGGUGCACGGGAGCACACAAGGAGCCAGAGUUUUUCAGUGAGCUUAAUAAGUCUAAGGUGGCAUAACAUCCUGCUUCUAAAAAUUAACCCCAGGGUGGGAAUGGGGGAGGGGAGGUGGCAGUGAAACAUCUGGCAGAGAAAACCAGUAAUAACAAACACUUUUGAGCUCUAUGGAUGUGUUCAUGGAAACGACGACAAGCAGGUGUUGUGGAGGCUGGGGAAAGUGUUGUGAUGGGUUAUACAGCUGAUGCCAUGAGUACUUUUGUGUAGAGACUCAACAAUGUGCUACAAAUGUGAUACUUAAUCCUGAACUGCAUGUAUUGGGGAUUGUUUGAAAAAAAAAAACAAACUUUCGUGGAAUCAAUAAAUUAACAGUUUUGCA